UAGAACCAAAAAUUUAUAUAAAUUCAUCUAGUAGUCGUACUUCCAAGUCCUCGACUGCUUUAAAGUUUUCAUAAUCGAGAAUGCUAGCUAUUAUUUAUUUGAGCGUAGGGGUUCAGUGAAUGGUUUUAACAUGAACUGUUGCAUUUUAUCCUCUCUCAAGAAACUAAAAAGGCCAAAAAAAUUCCCUCAUCUCCUCCUUCCUCCUCCUUACUGAGUAUUGAGAUACUGUCUUAGUAUGUCACGUAGAGAUAAAGUUUGUUUCAGAACAUACAAAAAUGCUUGGAAGAGCCUCUUAUCGCUGCAGCAUACAGUGGGGUUAAAGUUGAACUUGUGAAAGACUUUCAGAUGGGGGUCUCAAAUAAGACUCCUGAAUUCAUUAAGAUGAACCCCUUGGGCAAGGCUGAGGAACUUGCGAUCGCCAAUUUGAAGAGGGCACUAGAAGCUCUGAACACUCAUCUUGCUACCACUAUUUACCUUGUAGGAGAUAUAGUGGCAUUGGCUGAUAUCGAAAUGACUUGCAACUUGUGCACAGGAUUCACUGGGGUCAUGACUAAGAACUCCUCAUCACAAUAUCCCCAUGUUGAAAGAUAUUUCUGGACACUAGUGAAUCAACCAAACUUUUGCAAGGUAACAGGGGAGGUAAAGCAGACACAAGUCAUUCUCCCUGUUCCAGCAGCAAAGAAGCCUGCACUGUCCAAGGAGUCAAAGCCCAAGGAAGCCGAGGGAGGAGGUAAGCAAGAGCCUGCAAAGCCUAGUACUGAGGAAGAGGAGGCAUCCAAGCCAAAGGCGAAGAACCCACUUGACCUCUUGCAACCAAGCGAGAUGAUCUUGGAUGAAUGGAAGAGAUUGUACUUCAACCUCAAGACCAACUUCCGUGAAGUUGCCAUUAAAGGCUACUCUCUACGGUUCUGUGAGUAUAAAUACAAUGGCGAGAGCAGUCUCAUUUGUGACCUUGAGCAAGGUUGGUGGGUUCUCGCAGAGGAUGGAUCUUGUUCGCAAAUAUGCUUUCGGAAAGACGCUUGUCAUUGGGUCUGAGCCCCAUACAAGAUCAAGGGUCUUUGGCUCUUCCGUGGAAAAGAGAUCCCUCCCUUUGUUCUUGAAGAGUGCUACGACAUGGAGCUUUAUGAGUGGACUAAGCACAGAAGGAGCGUGUUAACUCCAUGAUUGAGGACCAGGAGCCUUUUGAGUGUGAGGCUCUGUACCGGAUGCCAAGUGCUUCAAAUAAGCAUGUCAAGUCUCUACUUAUUUCUUUUUCGUGGAUCGUGCUUUCUAUGUUUUCCAAUUUUGUUGGGGGUGAUGAAUGGUGUUGGAUGCUUUCAUUUUAUCCUAGUGAGUUCUAGAGUUACUAGUACAUGACUAUUGACGAUCAAAUGUGAUUUAGAUAAUGGUUACUGUUGGUUAGUUUUUGGA